AUGGAGGUAUUCCUGUCUGUUUCAUUUCCGUUAGGCGUUGCUGGGCUUUAUGAUUUUGGACCGCCAGGAUGUGCCCUUCAGGCCAACAUUGUUGAUCUUUGGAGGAGACACUUCGUAUUUGAGGAGGAAAUGUUAGAAGUUGAUACCACCAUUCUUACGCCAUAUGAAGUCUUGAAGUCCUCUGGACACGUUGAUAGGUUUUCAGAUUGGAUGACUCGAGACAGUGUCACCGGUGAUGUUUAUCGGGCAGAUCAUCUUUUGAAGGCUUGGAUCAAAAAGCAUGUCAUUGAGGCAGCAGAUGCCACGCCAGAGGCCAUUGCAGAUGCCACUAUGGAUCUUGCCAAGCUUGAUGGAUUUUCUCCGGAUGAGCUUCAAUCGAAAUUUGCAUCCUAUGGUGUGCUUUCUGAUCUUGGAAAUUCACUUACUCCCCUUUCACCCUUCAAUUUGAUGUUUGGGACAGAAAUCGGGCCCUCUGGACUUCUCAAGGGAUUCAUGCGUCCAGAAACCGCUCAAGGUCAAUUCGUAAAUUUCAAGCGUCUUCUUGAGGCAAAUUCAGAUCGAAUGCCGUUUGCCUCUGCUCAAAUCGGGAAAUCGUUUAGAAACGAAAUUUCUCCUCGUUCAGGGCUGCUCCGCGUCAGAGAAUUUUUGAUGGCCGAAAUUGAACAUUACGUAAAUCCAGAAGCCAAAAAUUUCCACCCCAAAUUCGAGUCUGUUUCUUUCCAUUCGCUUCCGCUUUUGUCGCGAGAAAUGCAGUCUUCCGGAUCUGAGCAGGUCUGCAUGACACGCGUGGAUCAUGCAAUUGAAAAGGGGAUUAUUGAUAAUUCGACGCUCGGAUACUUUCUUGUGCGAAUUUAUUUGUUUCUUCUGAAAAUCGGACUUCACCCCGACAUCAUCAGAUUCCGUCAGCACCAGUCCAACGAAAUGGCCCAUUAUGCAUCUGACUGCUGGGAUGCUGAGCUGCUUACUUCGUAUGGCUGGAUCGAAUGUGUCGGAUGUGCUGAUCGCGCUGCGUUCGAUCUUACCGUUCAUUCUCUCAAGACAAAGGAGAAACUUGUCGUAAGAGAGCGUCUUUCUACUCCCGUUACCGAGCUACGUGUAGUUGCGGAGUUGGAUCGAAAGGCAAUUGGAAUUACAUUUAAAAAAGAUGCCAAGCUCAUUUGCGAUGCUAUCGCGCUCGCACAAGAGGAUCCCGUAUUAAUGGAGAAAAUUUUGCAAGAGUCUCUAGAUCGCAAUAAGGUGGCGGUUCCCCUUGCAGGAUGGAAUUCUGAACGCUCGUCCGCCUCUUGUCCAUCAGAUUUUGUUGAGGUUCCUUCUCAAAUGCUGGGUCUUCGAAAGGAGCUGACCACGACACAUGUUCGAGAAUACACGCCAGCUGUCAUCGAGCCGUCCUUUGGAAUUGGCAGGAUAAUCUAUGCGUUGUUGGAACAUUGCUACUGGGUUAGGGCUCAAGAUGAACAGCGAUCAGUUCUUUCUCUUGCCCCGCUUGUUGCGCCAACAAAGGUCCUCAUUGCUCCAUUGCUUUCUCAAAAGUCUUUCGAGGAUUUGGUCUCCAAUAUUGCUCUUCUUUUGAAAUCGAAGGGUAUUGCCACGCAAGCUGAUUGCUCCUCUGCUACCGUUGGAAAGAAAUAUGCCCGUGCUGACGAGUUGGGAACGCCGUUUGCAGUUACCAUUGAUCAUCAGACUGUUACGGAGGUUCAGGAAAAUAUCCCUGCAACGGUUACUGUUCGGGAGAGAGACUCGACCACUCAAAUCCGCGUUUUUAUUAAUGAUCUUCCAGAUCUAAUUGAGAAUCUUGUGCAAGGCAAGUUGCAUUGGAAUAAUCAGCUUCUUUCAAAAUACGAAGUCGUCCAGUGUUCCAAUUGCUGA